AUGGUGCAGACAGCCCCAGUAUCAGCCGCCAACGAGCAGCUAGCGACACCAGCAGAUGGUCCGAGCCAGGCUUUGCAGGAAGCCCAAGAAAAUGGGACAAGAAGAACCGUUCAAGCUGUGUAUGACAGGUUUACAUACAUUCCGCCGAGGUGUCGAUAUGACCCACAGAAACCGUUCAAGUUCUCUAUAGGACUCAAUCUGUUGUUUGCAUUUGCGGGCUGUUUCACAGUAGCGAAUUUGUACUAUACCCACCCUAUUUUGAACUUACUGGCCGACGACUUCAAUGUCACAGACCAGGAGGCUUCUUACAUUCCAACCUUGGCCCAAGCAGGAUAUGCUGCAGGAUUACUGUUCUUGUGUCCUCUGGGUGACCUAGUCAAAAGGAGAGCUUACACCCUGUGGCUCGUCUGGUUUACGGCCACGCUAUGGAUUGGGCUCUGCGUGACAGACUCCUUUAUUCUCUUUGGCGUCUUCACCUUUAUCACCGGCGCCACAACCGUGACGCCUCAAUUAAUGUUGCCAUUGGUCGGUGACAUGGCACCGCCUCACCGUCGAUCGACUUCCCUCUCAAUCGUCGUUUCUGGUAUGCUACUAGGUAUGCUCAUCGCUCGACUCCUGGCAGGAAUCGUGGCACAGUACGUCGGUUGGCGGUACAUUUACUGGAUAUCAUUUGGACUGCAGUAUCUUAUCUUAAUUUUGCUUUACCUGUUCAUGCCAGAUUACCCCGCCACCGACCCUGGCAAGGCCAUCUGGAAGAGAUAUCCAUCGCUCUUGUUGGACAUCCUGAAGCUUGCAUUCCGCCACCCAGUCAUCAUCCAAGCGUGCUUGAUUGGAUUCUUCACUGCGUCUUGUUUUACUAGCUACUGGACAACACUCACAUUCCUCCUUGUCGGACCCAUUUAUGGCUUUAACUCCGUCAUAAUCGGCCUAUUCGCCCUCUGCGGCAUGGGCAGCAUGGUAUGGGGCCCCAUCUUCGCCCGGACAGUGAUGGAAAAACAUGAACCAUGGUUCUCCAUCGUCAUCGGCGAGAUCAUAUGCAUACUGGGUGUCGCCAUCGGCACCUACUCCGGCAAACACACCAUCGUGGGACCCAUCAUCCAGGCGAUCCUUAUCGACAUCGGCAAUCAGACGAGCCAGAUCGCAAACCGUACAGCGAUUUAUGCGGUUGCGCCUAAAGCGAGAAACCGCGUCAAUACUGCUUACAUGGUAAGUGUCUUCUCUGGCCAGUUGAUGGGUACAGCUGUGGGCAAUUCUCUCUAUGCAGCUUCCGGAUGGUAUGCCUCGGGGUCGGCGAGUGUUGCCUUCGUUGCAGUGGCAAUCCUCCUCUGCUUGAUUCGAGGCCCCCAUGAGAAGCGCUGGGUGGGCUGGCAUGGGGGUGCUAAAAUGCGGAAAGAGGUGUCCAAGCCUGUGCCUCAGAGUGUACAAGGCGAAGAAGCUGUACAACUGGAUGCAGAACUUCAACCGAGCAUUAAACUCGCCGAGAAGGGUGGCUGA